UCUCUUCCAAUGCUAACACUGAACGAACUACAUCAAGUUUUCUAUAUCAUAUUAUUAAAGAACUUGUUAUUAUCUCAUAACCAUAUGCUUUUCAUAAAGAAGUGAAACAUAUUUCAAAAUGAGAGGUGUUGUUGGCACCUCCAGAUCAGAUAUUUUCUUUUACUUCAGACAUUUAUUUUUUUAUUUUUUUUUUAGUAUAUGUUUGAAUUUGUAUUUACGAUUAUUAUUUUCCCAUUAUGUAUUUAUGAAUCAUUUAUCUUUUAAAUUAUCAGAACUUGUUCCUCCGCCUGGUUCAUUGUCUCCAUCACCAUCUGGAAAAUUAAAAGCAGAAGAGGAUAAUUUUGCAGCUACUGCUCCAAUAAUAUCUGGUGAGGAAUCUACUAUAGAAAUAAACAAAGAUAAAAUGGGGCUUGGGCUAAACAUCGUUGGUGGCUCAGACACUCCAAUGGGAGCAGUGGUUGUCAAUGAAAUAUAUCCUGAUGGAGCUGCAUUUAAAGAUAGAAGAUUGAAACCAGGAGAUCAGAUAUUAGAAAUAAAUAAUGAGGACUUUAGAAAUAUCACAAACAAUAAAGCACUUUCCGUUCUCAGACAAACCCCAAGCAAGGUCAGAAUGGUUGUUUAUAGAGAAGACGUUCCAGAAGGAAAAGAAGGUAUUGCAAAUUUAGACAUUAUUGAAGUAGAACUAACUAAAAAAUCAGGAAAAGGUUUAGGUUUAAGCAUAGUUGGAAGAAAAGUUGGUGCUGGUAUAUUCGUUUCAGACUUUGUGAGUAGAAGACUUGUGUUACCAAAUCUACAAAACAACCAGUCCCCCCACCACUGGUGUUAG